UAUCAUAUCAUCUUUUUUUCUUUUCAUUUUUGUAAAAAAUAAAAAUAAUUAUCAUAUCAUCUUUGUUACUAGUAAAAGCUUAGCCUUUGCUACUACUGCACACACACACACGUUUGCUUUCUCAUGUGAAUUGCAGCACUUCAUUUGCUCUCCUCUCCCCUCAUUCCAGGCAGAGGAAUACGAUCAUUUUCAAGUAUAGCUAUAUAUGUUCGAUUACUAAAAAAAAAUGGAGGCAUCAAAAAGCAAUGCUAUGACUUCUAAUAAGUGGAUGGCAUUUGAAGCAAACAAGACCUCUAAUAAGGUGUCCAAAAAUACCGAGAUAGUGAAUGAUGAAGCCGGUAUGGCUGAGAGGGCAGCAGAAUGGGGGCUAGCAGUGGUACCAGUAAAUGGGGGAGAAUCAGCCCCAUCAACCUCGAAUGUUGUGAUUCGAAUGUCAGGGGACGGAAAUCAAGGCAAAAACUCGUACGAGAAGGAGUCAAGGAGGAUGUCAGAGGAAUCAAAUAAUUCUAACACAUCAGAACAUCUUCCUAGAGCGUCACAAGAGUUGAAGGAUGCAUUAGCUAAUUUGCAGCAGACUUUUGUGGUUUCAGAUGCUACUAAACCUGAAUGUCCUAUAAUGUAUGCUAGUAGUGGAUUCUUCACUAUGACUGGCUACUCUUCUAAGGAAGUUGUUGGACGCAAUUGCCGAUUUUUGCAGGGACCAGAAACAGACCAGAACGAGGUGGACAAGAUAAGACAGGCGGUGAAAAAUGGGACCAGUUAUUGCGGCAGAUUGUUGAAUUACAAGAAGGAUGGCACCCCUUUCUGGAACCUUCUUACCAUUACCCCUAUUCGAGAUGAUAAGGGUCGUGUCAUCAAAUUUAUUGGAAUGCAGGUCGAGGUCAGUAAAUACACCGAAGGAAUAAAUGACAAGGCAUUACGUCCUAAUGGCUUGCCAAAGUCACUAAUCCGUUAUGAUGCUCGUCAGAAGGAAGCAGCAUUGGGUUCCAUAAUAGAGGUUGUUCAAACUGUGAAGCAACCACGAUCUCUUAGUGUGAGUAACAUCAAUGCUGAAAAACAGGAGGUUGCAGGGAAAUUCAAUCUCGAUUAUAUGCUGCCAAAAUCUGCAGAAAUUGACAAUGUGGGAACUCCUGGUAGGCUGUCAACCCCUGGUAGGGAGACUCCUAAAUUUGACGCAUCUAGUAAAGAUUCUGACAAGAGCUCUAGAAAAUCUGCGCGUAUUUCUUUAUUGGGUUUUAAAGGGAGGUCCUCUGCUAAGCAUGAACGACAACCAAGUCUUGAGCCAGAAUUUCUUAUACCGAUAGAAAUAGAUCGUCCUGACAGCUGGGAGCGUGCAGAAAGAGAAAGAGACAUACGACAAGGAAUUGAUUUAGCAACAACAUUAGAGCGUAUUGAGAAGAAUUUUGUGAUUACUGAUCCCAGGCUUCCAGAUAAUCCAAUUAUUUUUGCAUCCGAUAGCUUUCUUGAAUUGACAGAGUUUACACGGGAGGAAAUUUUGGGAAGAAACUGUAGGUUUCUUCAGGGACCAGAGACAGAUCAGGCCACUGUCCAAAAAAUAAGAGAUGCUAUCAGGGAGCAGCGGGAUAUCACCGUUCAAUUAAUAAAUUACACUAAAAGUGGAAAGAAGUUUUGGAACUUGUUUCAUUUGCAACCCAUGAAAGAUCAGAAGGGGGAGCUGCAAUACUUUAUAGGAGUGCAAUUAGAUGGAAGUGAUCAUGUUGAACCAUUACGUAACCGAUUGUCAGAGAGAACAGAACAACAAAGUGCUAAAGUGGUCAAAGCUACUGCAGAAAAUGUUGAUGAAGCUGUUCGAGAACUUCCCGAUGCCAAUUUGAGGCCAGAAGACCUGUGGGCAAUUCAUUCUGAACCUGUUUACCCAAAGCCCCAUAAGAAGGGCUCAGCCACUUGGGCUGCAAUCCAAAAGAUUACUGCAGGUGGUGAAAAAAUUGGUUUGGAUCAUUUUAAGCCCAUAAAACCAUUGGGUUGUGGUGAUACUGGAAGUGUUCAUUUGGUGGAGCUGAAAGGUUCAGGAGAACUCUUCGCAAUGAAGGCAAUGGAUAAGUCUGUUAUGCUGAACCGUAAUAAGGUGCAUCGUGCUUGUGUUGAAAGGGAAAUAAUUUCUAUGCUGGAUCAUCCUUUCCUUCCUACACUAUAUGCUUCUUUUCAGACUUCUACACAUGUUUGUCUGAUAACCGACUUCUGCCCUGGAGGAGAGCUUUUUGCUUUGCUUGACUUGCAGCCAUUGAAAAUUUUCAAGGAGGAUUCAGCUAGGUUCUACGCAGCUGAGGUUGUAAUUGGACUAGAGUAUCUUCAUUGUUUAGGUAUCAUAUAUCGUGACCUGAAGCCUGAGAAUAUACUACUGCAGAAGAAUGGGCAUCUUGUUUUAACGGACUUUGACCUCUCAUUCUUGACAGCCUGCAAACCUCAUAUAAUAAAGCCUCCACAACCAAAGAAAAGAAGCUCCCGAAGUCAACCACCACCGGCUUUUGUAGCAGAGCCAGCUACCCAAUCUAAUUCAUUUGUUGGAACUGAGGAGUACAUUGCUCCUGAAGUUAUUACUGGAGCUAGCCAUACUAGUGCUAUUGAUUGGUGGGCUCUAGGAAUUUUGUUGUAUGAGAUGCUUUAUGGACGUACACCUUUCCGGGGUAAGAACAGACAAAAGACAUUUGCAAACAUAAUGCACAAAGACCUCACAUUUCCAAGCAGCAUUCCGGUAAGUCUUGCAGCAAGACAGUUAAUUUAUGCGCUAUUAAGCAGAGAUCCUGCUACGAGAUUGGGAUCCCAAGGGGGUGCCAGUGAAAUAAAAGAGCACCCUUUUUUCCGUGAAAUAAACUGGCCUCUGAUUCGUUGCAUGGACCCACCGACCCUGGAGGUGCCCCUUCAAUUGAUUAAAAGAGAUACAGGUGCAAAGGAAGUCAGAUGGGAUGACGAUGGAGUCCUUGCUUCUCCUAUGGACUUGUUCUAAAAGGAUUAUCAGUUGGCAAAAUCCAAAUUAUAAACUUCAAUGCAUAACUGAGAGGCUCAUCACUAGAGAAGAGAUCUUGUGAUUCAAUAUUUUUUGUGAUUUGUACAUAGAGGAUAAGAGGAAGAGGUACAUAAAAGCGAAGUAGGAUAUUUUUAGUGUUGCUUCUAUGUUUAGUAAAAGACUGUACGAUACCUUUGUAUAUUCUAAAAUCUAACGUUGUAAUUGUUUGGAAACUCAGAGAGCUCCUCUUCCAUUCAUGUAAGCUUAUGAUGUAGAGUUUGUUUGGCGAAAUAAGCUUGCCUUUAACUUUUUUUAUCUAUGAAACUUAAGCUUGCUACAUGUAAGCACAAUAUAGGAUCUGAUAUCUCUUUCUUUAGAA